UCCCAUUUGCAAUGACAAUAUGGCGGCUGAUCCCGAUGCGACAUCGCUACAGCUCAAUUUAGCUGUGCUUGGAGCUACAGGGCCUACUGGUGUGGAAGCUGUGAAACAAGCUUUAGAAUAUGGACACCAUGUAACUGCCAUUGUGAGAAGCCCAGAAAAACUGAGUGAUAUCAAAAAUGAAAAUCUUGAAGUCGUAAAAGCUGACAUAUUUGAGCCUGAAUCACUCGUCCCACACCUGCAAGGCAAGGAUGCUGUGCUCUCAUAUCUGGGUUCUUAUUUUGUCUCCAUAUUUAACCCUACUACACUUUACACUGAAUCCAUGAAAUCAAUAAUGACUGCAAUGGAAAGGUCAAAUGUUACUAGGAUAGUAGCAAUAACUUCAUGGUGUACUGAGACAGAGCCUGGUAACCCAAAGAUCAUGGAAUGGCUGAUAAAACCACUUUUUCUUAAUGCCUAUCUACCAGAUAUGAGAAGAAUGGAAAAAAUGCUGGAAGAAUCUUUAUUCAAUUUCACAGUGAUUAGGCCACCAAGACUUACUAACGAUGAGGCUAAGAAAAACUACAAGAUAGUUGAAGGACAGUUUGUUGCUGGAGUUUCAAGGGCUAUUUCACGUGCUGAUACUGCUGACGCUUCAUUGAAAGUUUUAUUGACACAUGAAUGGGACAGGAAAGCUGUUGCCAUUGGCUGUAAUCAAUGAUUGGCCAAAAAUGGAAUUCUUAAAAAAUCUGUGUCAUAAAGGGAGUGUACAAAUCUUGAGGAAGUAGUGCACGCCCCCUGCAACCAUUAGAUGGAUUUGCCACAGUUUGUGAUAUGAUGGUCACCAACCUAAAAAUAACUAGCAAUAUUUUAAUGAUACUAUAUUAAAGAAUAUAUUUUCCUUUAAAAAAAUGUGGUGUUAGGCUCUCAAAUGAAAUAUUAUGUUACUCAGUAAUCAAAAUGGUCCAAUAGAAUUGCAUGAAAAACAAAUGCCCAGGCGAUUUUAUUGGCAUUUUAUCAAAUACAAAUGCUUGGGUUACGUGUAUCACAUUAUGCCACUAUUCACAGUCAUGACAAUAACAAACAGCUUGGAAAGAAUCGUUUUUC